AUGGCCAUUUAUGCGGAAGGCGGAGAGGACGUCAGACUGGCGGAGGGCGGCGGAUUGGAUGAUGGAGAGGAGUUGGUCGUAGGUGAAGAAGGAGAGGAGGGAGCGGGCGUCGUCGGGCUGAGUUGGGGGCGGUGGCGAGGAGGUCGGGUUGUUGGCCGUUGUAGUGGUCAUCCCUGGAGGAUAACUUUGAAGUGGAGAAAGGUGGUGGAGGAUUCUAGCUGGCCGAUUUGUGGAUCUUGCCAAGAAACCAUUGUUCAUCUUUUUUGUACAUGCCCUUUAGCCGUUCAGGUGUGGCGUUUGUCACCUUUACAAGUUGAUAUGAGGGCUGUACAACUCAAUUCUUUUAAUGGUUUUUGGGAUGUUAUGGAGCUUUGGUGGCAUAAUCACGCUAAUAAGAAUUGGUGUAUGUCGAUGGCUGCAGUUAUGAUGUGGUUUAUAUGGAAGUGUAGAAAUGGGGCUAUUUUUGAACAAAAGCUCUCUCUCCCUGGGAUGAUAUGUAAGCGGACUGUGGAGUAUUUGCAAGAGUUCUUAUCUGCGAACUCCUUGGGUCCUGCACCAGUAAUAUCGUGUGGGGAAGGAAGACUUAGUUUGUGGCUAAGGCCUCCAGCUGGUACUUUUAAGAUUAAUGUGGAUGGGUCUUGGAAGAAAGGGUUGAUGAGAGGGGGUUUUGGGAUUGUGAUCAGGGAUUUUCGAGUCUGUUUUGUUGCUGCUUCUAUGGGAUUUUUUCAGUGGUGCGCGAGUUCAUUGGUUGCAGAAGCCUUGGCAAUUCGGCAGGGUAUUUUGUUGGGAUCUCAACUCGGUUUGGGGUCUGUUAUUUUGGAGAGUGAUGCUCAAUUGCUCGUGAAUAUGCUCAAUGGUCAAGCUGCAGUUAGUCAAGAGGUGGAAGUCGUUAUUCAUGAUGUUCAGGUUUUGAGUAAUAAUUUCCACUGUUCCAGUUUUUCCUUUGUUCGUAGGACCAUUAAUAAUGUUGCUCAUGUUUUAGCUGGUGAAGGUUUUUGUGGUUUGGGGUAUAGUCGUUGGACUGAGUCCCCUCCGUUGUGGUUGUUUGGUCCUCUUUCUAGGGACGAGUCUUCCGUUUGA